UAAAACUCGUACAUUGUUUUUGAGUACCGAAGAUGUUCUUACUUUUAAUAAUUGGUUGUAUAAUUAGUUUUUUAGUUUUGCUAAUAAUGUCAAAGUUGUUAAUGGACUUUGAACAUAUUAAGUGCACUAGCGAUAUUUGUUUGUUGGGAAAAACUGCAUUAGUUACAGGUGGAAGUAAAGGCAUAGGAUAUGACAUAGUUCUUCAGCUAGCCUCCAGAGGGUGCAAAAUUAUCAUAGCUAGCAGAACAAUUGAUGAAGAGUUAAGACAACAAAUUAUACACGAAACCCAUAACCCAAAUAUAGUACUAGAAUAUGUUGAUAUGACUUCCUUUAAAUCAGUACGACUAUUUAUAAGUAGGCUAAAACGAUCUGAGUCCAAAUUAGAUAUAUUAAUUAAUAACGCUGGAGUUCCUUUUUCUUCAAAUACAACCGAAGAUGGCUUAAAUGAAACAAUGCAAGUUAACCAUUUUAGUGGAUUUCUACUGACUCAUCUACUUGUGGAUCUUCUGAAGAAGUCCGAAGGUGCUAGAGUAAUUUUUGUGACAUCAUGUUUGGCUUAUUUUCACACUCUAACAAUGAGAUCUGUUAAAGGUUUUAAAAUUUAUAAUUCUGUGUUUAGAUACUUUGACUACCCCAAUUCCAAAUUCUGUAAUAUAAUAACCGCUGACACGUUUGCAAUGAAAUUGAAACGAUGGAAUAUUACUUGUAACAGUUACCAUCCUGGAGUAGUAAAAACAGGGAUAUUUAAAACAGCUGAGAAAAGUUUGACGAAUUUAUUUGAUAUUGCAAUGUAUUAUUCUACAGUACCUAUAGUGAAAUUGGUUGGUGUGAAACCAAGGGCAACCUCACAAGGUGCCGUGCAAAUAGCAAUUGCCAAAGAAUUUGAGAAUGUAACAGGGAGUUUUGUCGGAAACCUUUUAAAUAAUGUUAAACCUAGAGCAGCUAACGAUAAAAAAAUUUGUGAAGCGAUCUGGAGGGCGUCAGAAGAAAUGGUGAAACUGAAACCAGAGGAAAGACUAGACCAGACUUAAUCAUAUCAGAGAUGUCCCUUUAUCAAAUAAUUUAUUAAAAUACUAGAUUCUAAUUAUUUGUUAUUUUAAUUAAAAUAAAUAAAUGUAUUAAU